AUGGAUGACGAGUUAAAAAAUUAUAAAAAAAUUGUGGAAAGGGAAGCUGAAGAAUUGAUUUUGAAGAAAAUUCCUAAGGCCAUCACUAAAUUAAAUGAUAUCCUGGAUACACCUCAGUUCAACAUAACAAAUCUCAAUGAUGUCCACCAGUCUUUGAACAUUCCCAUUCCAACUGCAACUAUCCUGAGCAACAGCCAAGACCAUUCGGACCAGCCAGAUCCUAAGAAACGCAAGUACGGGGAUAUCUUGGACCAAGUUUCUGGUACCAAGAUCGUGAGCCCUUCCAGUGGCGGUGUGCCAUGCAACAAGUACAUUACCAACAUGAUGGAUUUGGUGAAGCCUCACAUUUUUCAGCUCAUCAAGGAUGCCAACUUGCUCCAAAUGUGGAUAUGUUUGAAGAUUCCCAAAAUUGAAGAUGACCGAGAUCUGAGCCCCGGUCACGUGGAAGGUGAGUACAGCGACAAACAUUGGGUGGAAGACGCGAGAUUUCGGCUCAACAAUAUUGUUCUCUGUGUCCUGCCCAAGGCGCAGACCUUGCAGAUGGAUAGCCUGUAG